UAUAACGUUUUAUUACCUCUUUAAGGUUGUAUAAAAGAUUAAAGAAUGGCCAAACUGAACCAUAGACUGGUCAGUUUAGGAGUGGUUUGUGCACUUGUUAUUCUUGGACUUCUGAUAGCUGUCAUUGUUCUUGCUACACGGAAACGUGAAGGUGCGAAAGAAGAUAAACAACUUACGCCGCAUGUGUCAGCUCUAAGUAUUUUACAACAGUACAAUGUGGACGAUGGCUUGAAUAUAACAUGGUAUACCAACUCCACAUCUAUAGCACGUGAAGGGGUCGCGGGAAUGCUGAACGUUGAAUUGACUAAAGAAGCAGGCAAAUUCUACAGUAAUGGUGGACAACUCGAAUUGUCAAAUAUUCUUGACAAUUUAAAACCAACAGACACCGGAAUAAAAAUCAAAUUAGAAACAAAAUUUCAAAAUUCAACAAUGGCAUUAGAACUUGUUCGAGAACUACGGCGUCAGAAGGUGAAGAACCCUGUCAUAAUAACACUGCCAGUGUUUUCACAGACAUUUAAGUGGCAACAGUUUCUGUCCAGCGAAGAAGUUGACAACGAUAUCAUGAUAAGUUUUGAUUUGACAGUUAAAUGUUGUGAUACCGGUAUAGGACGUGGGACCGUGGAAUAUGUAGACAUUUUGUGUAACCAGGCAGAUGUUAAAUGUUUUAUUGAAGUUGAUAUCAGAAAUCUCCUCAAAUCAUGGCAAGAUAUAAAAUGGCUGCUCAAUAGAAAUCACAAUGUGUUACUUAUCAUAUCCGAUACAUCAGUCAUCAACAAUGAAAGUCUUUAUGAUUCACUUACUGUCAGGAAUGAUAUAGAUAAGAAUAAAGUUUUAUAUAACUUUGGAGAAACAUUAAAAAGAGAAUUCCUACAUGUUGCGUCAACUGCCGGAAGUCCGUUGCUUUAUUUUGAUAUCAAUCCGCGUGACGCAGGGAAAAUAAUUUGGAGCCACAAUACAGACACAUGGGAACAGAUAAACAAGGCUACAAGUGGUGAGGCAAUGAUGAUUGAAGGGGACAUAAUGUUACUUGGACAAGAUACGUCAAACCAGACAGAGUUACCUAUCAUGGCGCAUACUGUCGGUGAUUACAAUAAUAUGACAUUUGAACAAUGGUUAGACGAAAUUAUAAAGGUUGACAAAGGAAUGAAAUUCGACUUCAAAUCACUGGAUGCUGUUAAACCAGCUUUAAGGAUCGUUCAGCGAAAACGAGAUAAAAUCAAAGGUCCCAUAUGGUUAAAUGCCGACAUUCUGACUGGGCCAAACGCCACACAUACACGAAUACCUGCAGACGAUUUUCUGGACGCCAUCACACAAUUUCCUGAAGCAACACUGUCCCUUGGUUGGACAACAGUUUCCAAAAGGACAAACUACAACCUUAAAUAUACGAUGGCAAUGGUUCAAGAAAUGCAAAACAUUUGUAAAACGUUGCAGCAGCCGAUUACGUUUCCGGUCCGUGCAGAGCAACUUGUGGAUUCUUGGGACGAAUUUAAUUGGUUAUUAAAGCAGUCACGGCGUUACACACUGACAGUAUGGACCUCCCACACUGACAAUGUUACUAAAAGUGAUAUGAACUAUAUAAAACAACAAGCUGAAGCUUCUAGAGUUUACUUUGAUUUACCAGAACAAUUGAGACCAACUUUUUGAUAAAAUCUUUUCGGGUAUGACAAUGACAUUUAUAUGAUAUUUUGUAUUUAAUAUUUAUAGUACCAGUAAAUAGUUGUUUAGCUAUACAAAACUAUUUUAUACAUUUCAAUUAAAGUAAGAACUAUU